GGGAAAGGAAUAAUAACGGGGAGGGGAGGGAUAUCCCGUGAGUCUGCAGUGGGCAGCCAGGGGGCAACAAGCAGCGCACGGUGUCUGUGGUGCUGUCCCCUUAAGAGGCGGGACUUCCGCCACUGUCACGGAGGUGUCAUGCGAGGGGUGGGUGGGCACGAGAACCGGAAGUAGCUGUUGGUGGCCGAAUUCGCAGGAGCCACGUCUGGACUCGGGCUACGCGUGGAUUUGGCGCCGCCCGCAUCACGCGCCCUGUUGUCCGGCGGCCGCGGCAGCAGGAGGCGGACGCCGGCCUCGGCGCGAUCUGGACCCCCGCCCUCGCGGUGGCCGGAGGACAGUGAGGUUCCGGCGGCGGCCGAGCUCGGAGACAUGUCGGAUCUGGGGGACUGGUUCCGGAGCAUCCCUUUAAUUACCCGCUACUGGUUCGCCAGCUCCAUCGCGGUGCCGCUGAUCGGCAAGCUGGGCCUCAUCAGCCCCGUCUACCUUGUCCUAUGGCCCGACGCCUUCCUCAGCCGCUUCCAGAUCUGGAGGCCAAUAACUGCAACAUUCUACUUCCCAGUGGGUCCAGGGACUGGAUUUCUGUAUUUGGUGAACUUAUAUUUUUUGUAUCAGUAUUCAUCCCGACUAGAAACAGGUGCUUUUGAUGGAAGGCCGGCGGAUUAUAUGUUCAUGCUUCUGUUUAACUGGAUUUGCAUCGUUAUAACCGGCUUGUUGAUGGAUAUGCAGUUGCUGAUGAUUCCCUUGAUAAUGUCAGUGCUUUAUGUCUGGGCCCAGCUAAACCGAGACAUGAUUGUAUCAUUUUGGUUUGGGACAAGAUUUAAGGCUUGUUAUCUGCCCUGGGUUAUUCUGGGAUUCAACUACAUCAUUGGAGGAUCUAUCAUCAAUGAGCUAAUAGGAAAUCUGGUUGGACACCUGUAUUUCUUCUUAAUGUUUAAAUAUCCAAUGGACUUGGGAGGAAGGAAUUUUCUAACCACACCCCAGUUUCUAUACCGAUGGCUGCCAAACAGGAGAGGAGGAGUAUCAGGAUUUGGUAUUCCACCCGCCAGUGUGCGAAGGGCUGCAGAAGAUCAACAGGGUGGUGGAAGACACAACUGGGGCCAAGGUUUUCGGUUGGGUGACUAGUGAAACACUGCUGCUUUUGACAAAAAGUUGCUGCAGAUAGGAAUGUUUGUUGGUGCAGAGCGCUUAAGAACUGAGUCUUUUCUCCAGUGCUUCUGGAGUUGACCCUUAAAGAAUUUUUCUGGCGCAUGACAAAACUAAGAACUCUUGAAGAAAAAUGUAGAUUUUACCCCAGGUUAGAAAUUAGCGCUCAAUUCAAUACUGCCAUUAAAAAAAAGCCACCUUUAGUACUGUUCAUCUGUCAUAGUGUGUCUCUUCCACCUCUCUCCUCUCUGAUGCAGUAGAAGAUGCUGAUGGGUUUUGUCUGUGUUUCUCUUCAUCUGAUACAUGGAAGUUAAAAAUCCAGUCCCUGGCCAAAGGAUGGCUCAAAGUAAUGUCCCCAUCUGUAUAACGAAAAGGCUGAUUCGUCAAUAUUUAUGUUUGGAAUCAAGAGUCUUCAGUAACCUCUUAGAUGGCAGUAACUUACUGCACUGCAUUCAUAACAACAAGACUAAAAGUUUCAGAAGUUUUAAUUCAAUUAUCUAACUAUAUUUCAAGAAAGCAGUUUUAUUUUCUCUUGUCAUGCAACAUUGAUGAAGAGAUUCUACCCUAUGCACUGCAGGAAGAGGAGAGAGGAUUGCCAUAAGAAAUUGGGGGAAAAAAGCUGUUACCAAUAUUCGUGGAUCUCUCUCUCUCUCUCUCUCUCUCUCUGUCUCUCUCUGAACAGUCGGUGUAAUGUACAAGAUUCCGUGUGUUUACACCAAAAUUAUGGCUGUUGCUAACUCUCCUGAAAUCUGAAAAAAAAAGUUGGCUUCAGGGUUUAUAUUUUAUUUGCAAAAUUAAAGAGCAAAAAUCUUAUUUUACAAGUAGACAGUAUCACAUUUUGGGUGUUCACGUGAAGGGUUUUGACUGCAGAGUUAUGUCUAUAUCAAACAGACUUCUGCAUUCUCUUUAAAAAUUUUAAGAAAUUAAAUCAAAACUGGAAAUAAAAGAACUGAUUGCUUUUUAAAGGCCUUUCUCAUUGUCAAACAAACUAUAUAAAGCUGUUAUAAUCAGUUCUUCUUUUCACAGUUACUCUAUUUUUCUCUUGGGAAGAAGUGGGAGAAAUGAUUGAUAGAGAGCUAUAGCAUUUUCCUAAUGUAAUCAUGAACCAAUGGGCUCUAGUGAGCAGUGUACAUUACUAGGAGCUAGGAAAUUCUAAUCCUGGCUCUUCCCACUGAUUCACCAUAUGGCCUUGAGCAAGUUAUUUGGCCUCCAUAUCUCUGUUGUCCUGUCUGUAAAAUGGGGGUGAUACUUACCACACAGGUUCAGUUAGUUUUAUAUAGUGCCAUGAAAAUAGUAAGUAACAAUGUUGUUAUUACUGCUGUUUUUUUUUUUCUGGCACUAAACUUGUAGAUUUCUAAAUACUGCCACUCACCCUGAGCCUGGGAAGAAAAUAAGCAAAUAAGUCCUUUUAUCUGUGACUGGCUUCAGAAGGAUGCAUUUUCUCUUAACACACCAUAGUUAUGGUGGUCUUCUGGCUCAUGGAUGAAUGCAAAGAAGUGGUGAUCAUGCUAUGUGUUCAUGGCUGUGUAGGUAUAUAAAGGUUCAAAACUCACUUAGCCAUUCUAGUUUCGGUAAUCAAGUUUUAAAGAUGCUCUUGCCUUGUCCUAUUUAUGUUUUAAUAAUGGUAAGUGGAAAGAUUCCACUGAUGGAAAUGCUACUGUACCUAUUCUCAUUAGUGAUGCUGACUUGUGACAGUCCAGAAGCUAUAAUGCAUACAGUAGUCAUGUUGCAGCUGGUCUCCAAUUGGUCAUGUGUAAAUCACUUUCUCCAGAGCAGUUGUCUUCAUUUUAGAAGCAGGAUCUAACUGCUAAGACAAGUGACCGUUUAAGUGAUUGUCACAUAGGUUAUGGUUUACAUGCAUUCUGGUUGAAAUUCAUCUCUGUGGUGACGGACAGCACAAGUGGGAGUUCAGCGUGGUUAAGUGGUGUCCUCUGUACAAAGGUGAAUUUUUCUCUCUAGUGCAUGCUGUAUGAGCAGUGCCUUCUGUGACUCUACAAGUCUGUUGUGUUUGCAAGGCAAAGAGAAGUUUUUGUCAUAAGAUUCUUGAAUUAAACUGUGUUCAAAGACCAAGGUGACAGGAGUCUUGUAAAUUUGGAACUCUGAACUAAUCUUAAGUUAACGUUGAACACUUUAUAUUUCCCAUUUGAAGACCUACAGCUUGACCUGCGUGCACUUGAGUGUACACUGACAAUGGCAGAUUCUCCUUGUUAUAAGGAGGCACUCAUUAAUUUUUUGUACGGGGAAUUUCCCUUUUUUUGUAACCAUUUUUUUUUUGUUGGCAAAGUUUAAAUUAAAGUUUUAAUCUCU